GCAAUAUGGCGACCAUGGAAGGGCCUUUGAGUAAAUGGACAAAUGUAAUGAAAGGAUGGCAGUAUCGGUGGUUUGUUUUAGACGACAAUUCGGGCUUAUUGUCUUACUACACCUCAAAGGAAAAAAUGAUGAGAGGAACGAGAAGAGGCUGUGUCAUAUUAAAGGGGGCAGUUAUUGGUAUUGAUGAUGAAGAUGACAGUACAUUCACAAUCACAGUUGAUCAAAAAACAUUUCAUUUUCAAGCUCGAGAUGCAGAUGAAAGAGAAAGGUGGAUAGAAGCAUUAGAAAAUACAGUACUACGUCAUUCACAUAUAGGUCAGAGAUCUGGGGCGCAAGCUUCAUAUAAAAUGGAAGAUUUUGAUCAUAAAUUAAUGGAAACAGACACUUAUUUACAACUAUUGAUAGAUCAAGUUGAGACUUUAGAAAACAAGAUUGCUGCUUGCCCUGAUGAACUAGCUAAAGAGAAAUACACUGUUAUAAAAGUUAAGGCUGAUGAUAUGAUAGAAGCUAUUAAACAUACAAUCAUGAUGUUACAGAUUUCAAAGGAAAGUUUAAAGGAACCAGUUUUAAAUGCAACAUAUCCACCAUUAAUAACAGAAAGUGCGAAUUUUACUCAUUUUGGUUCUCAAAAAACAGCAGUGACAUCUUUAUCAGCUGAAAAUAUAGAUCAAGCGCAGGAUGUUUUAACUGAUGAUAGUUUAUCUGCUAGUGUAUCAUUACCUAAUCUAGCUACACCAGUAAUAACAGAAAAUUUACAAGAUGGUGAGGCUCGUUUACUACAUGAAAUAGUAGAAUCGCCGCCUGCUACUUCUUAUUCUAGUAGUGAAGAUGAUGAAUUCUAUGAUGCUGAGGAUCAAAAAACCUCCUCAAAAUCUACGCCAGAACAUGAAUUAAGAAGUAGUGAUAAUGUAAGUGAAAUUGAUACCACAUCACCACCAGUUAUAACAUCACAAGAUGAUGUAUAUGAUGAGUUAUAUGAUGAAGUUGAUAAAGAAGAUUUGGGUUCAUUAGAACAACAUGGUAGUAUAGUGGCUCAUCUUUUAUCACAAGUUAGAAUUGGUAUGGAUUUAACUAAAGUUGUCUUACCAACCUUCAUCUUAGAACGCAGAUCUUUACUAGAAAUGUUUGCUGAUUUUUUUGCACAUCCAGAUUUAUUUUUAAAAGUUGUAGAAUUUGAUAGUCCUAGAGAAAGAAUGAUACAGAUGGUUAGAUGGUAUUUAUCAGCAUUUCAUGCUGGUCGACCUAGUGAAGUAGCCAAAAAACCAUAUAAUCCUAUUUUAGGAGAAACAUUUUUAUGUGAGUGGAGAAUGCCAGAUGAAGAUUAUAGUAAAAGUGGAAAAGUAGAAAAUGGUCCAGUUUCAUGGGCAACUAAAGAUAAUUUAUCAUUUAUAGCAGAACAAGUUUCACAUCACCCUCCAAUUUCGGCUUUUUAUGCUGAACAUUUUAACAAGAGAAUAACAUUAGAUGGUUAUAUUUGGACUAAAUCCAAGUUUUUAGGUUUAUCUAUUGGUGUACAUAUGAUAGGUCAGGCUGUUGUGUCGUUAUUAGAUUUUGAUGAACAUUAUACCAUAACAUUUCCUAAUGGUUAUGGCAGAUCUAUAUUAACAGUACCAUGGGUUGAACUAGGUAGUAAAGUUCAUAUAACAUGUGCUAAAACUGGUUAUAAUGCUACCAUAGAUUUUCUUACAAAGCCAUUUUAUGGUGGAAAGAAACAUCAAAUAAGCGGUCAGAUAAAUGAUCCUAAUGAGAAGAAACCUAUAGUUACCAUACAGGGAGAAUGGAAUGGUGUUAUGUAUGCUAAAUUUGAUACAGGGCACAGUGAAACAUUUGUAGAUACCAAAAACCUUCCUAUUAUUAAAAAACGUGUUCAACCUCGUGAGCAACAAGAUGAGUUUGAAUCGAGAAGGUUAUGGCAGGAUGUGACUCAUCAUUUAAAGAUGAAGAAUGUUGUAGAAGCUACUGAAAGUAAACAUAAAUUAGAACAACGGCAGAGAGAAGAAGCUAAAGAAAGAAAAGAAGCAGGAGUUAAAUGGGAAACUAAGCAUUUUCAUGAAGUGGGUGAACAUUGGGUAUAUGACAGAUCGUUAUUACAGAGAAUGAAUUUAUCAGCUAACUCAUCACCUCAAGCACAGUCUUAACAUCUACUCUAAAUAUAUACAUUUUAAUCUUAACAGUCUUAAUUAUAGAAUGAAAUAAUCUACAUUAUUAACCACAACCAUCGCAUUUACAUUUACACGCUCAACAUUCAUCUUCUCUUUACAUAUGAUUAUAAAAUCAUCUAAAAAAUUCUUCAUCAAUGUUAUAAGUUGAUUAUUUGGUGCAAUGUAAUUUGAUUAGUUUGAAAAUAAAUAUGUGCAAUUUCGGUUUAUGUAGAUAGGGUGUGAGAGGGACAGUGAUUGAAAUGUCAUAACAAUAGUAUAAUAUUUUGACUAUAAGUGGGUGCUCGAUUGUCAGUCUAGAUCAGACCUCAAACAAGAAUGUGCCAGCAGAAUCAUAACAAACAUUUCAGCUAUGGUGAUGGGUCGUGAUAGUGUCAUAUUCAGUUUGUGUAUGCCUUGUGGUCGGAGACUCCUCUUGUGUUUAACAUUCGAUUGACACCAUUUAUAGGACUGAGAGAAUUCAAUUUUGAAAUUAGAAAUGAAAUGAAAUAGGGUUUAAUGUCCUACUGUGCUGCUCCGAACUAGGCUAUUAAAGACGGGCAUACGCCAUACAGUGUGGUAUGAGGGAAAUUUUGCCCAGACAGCAGACCUAAGGCCUACUCUUAUAUCGAAUUCGAAAUGUCAAGGGGUCUUUUACGUGUACAUGGGACCUCUGUUAUUCGUCAUUCCCAAGGUUACAUAUGAGGUAGUAAAAUGGUAGGCCAAUAAUAUGUCGGUUAUAUAGAGGUAGUGAAAGAGAGUGAUUGAAAUGUUACAACAUUGGUGACUAUAUGUUAUAUGAGGUAGUGAAAGAGAGUGAUUAUGGUGACUAUAUGCUAUGUAUGAGGUAGUGAAAGAGAGAUUGAAAUGGUGACUAUAGGCUAUAUGAGGUAGUGAAAGAGUUUGAUUAAAAUCAUACUAUAUAACUGGUGUUUUGUUUAUUAAAUUGUAUUUUUUAAAAAUUAUAAAAGUAAACAGAUUGAAUACGAAACAAUAUUUAUCCUCACUUAUUCAAAAUAUAUGGCCAUAUCAUUUAGUAUUUGUAUUUUUUUUGGUAAUAAUUUUUAUUUGUAGUUGUGUUUUAAAAAGUGUUUCUUGGUAUAAAUAAAUAUUCUCUCUGAUAAUAAUUGUUACUGCCCUUAAAUAUUAUGAACAUAUAUUGCGUUCGAGUUCUGUACUAAAAAUAUCAUAGAUUCUUUGCAAAUUCCAGGGUUUACUGAUUGAACCCAUAGGUUGUAGUAUACAGAGUUCACAAUUUUCAAUGCCUGUACAAAAUGUAAGUGUUUCAACGCUGGGAGUAUUAAACCUUAUUUACAUCUUGUAAAUGUAAUUAUGACCAUUAACAUCCGUGAACCACAGGUUGUAAUCAGCUGUGAAAGAUGUUUUAUUUAUACCAAGAGCUAUUAUAUACAUAACUUGGUGUAUUUUUACUAUGAAUAAAGAGAGAGAAAUGAUUUUAGUUUUUACAUAUUGUAUUUGUUAUAUAGAGAAGAAUGCCAGUGAUCUGUUAUUAUUUAUAUAAAUCUAUAAAUCAUUGUUACUUAUAUUUAACAUUUGUUGAUUAUUCUAGGCUAUAUAUUGUUUAUUAUAAUAAUACAUCAAA